GACGCCCCUCUGCCCUCCGCCGGCGAGGGCGAAGAGAAGAGAGGAGAAAAGGGCCGCCCCCUCUCAGACCCCCGCGCCCAAGGCUCGCCUUCCCUAAACGCCGCCGCCUCUGCCGCUCCUCUUCGCGGCUCACCCCGCCCCCUCCUGUCUCUCCCGGCCAAGGCGGAGCCCCUCUCUCCCUCCCUUUCGCCCUCUCCCCCCAGCCCCGAAACCGUCCCCACCCCCCUCCUGGGUCUCAUUCAUGUCUGAAGGCAGCGGCGCAAAGCACGCAACUUGCCCCGGCGCGCCUCCCGAGGAGGAGGAGGAGAAAAGAAGGAGGAGGAAGAGGAGAAGGAAGAAGAAGGAACCGGUGGAGGGAAGGAGGAACCGGGCAGAGGCGGAGAAGGAGGUGAGGUGAGGAAGGAAGAGAAGGGAAAAGGGGAGGAAGAGAAGGAAGAGGCGAAGAAGAGGAAACAGGAGGAGGGAGGGAGGAGGUGAAGAAGGAAAAGGAGGAGGAGGAGGAAGAGGAGAAGAAGAAAAAGGAGGAGGAGGAAGAGGAGGAGGAGAAGACGAAAAAGGAGGAGGUGAAGAAGAAAAAGGAGGAGGAAGAGAAGGAGAAGAAAAGGAGGAGGAAGAAGAGGAGGAGGAGAAGCAAAAAGGAGGAAGAGGAGGAAGAAGAGUAGGAGGAGAAAAAGGAGGUGGUGGUAAAGGCGCAGGAGGAGGAGAGAAAGAAGGAGUACUCCCUUCCUUUUAACACCAGAAGCCCCCUCCUGCCAGACCCCUCUUGCCCUCCCUUUCCUCCUCCUCUUCCUCCUCUUUCUCUUCCUCCUCCUCCUCCUCCUCUUUUGCUUAUGCCCGGCUGCGCCCAGCGAUGACCCUGAGCUCGGAGAUGUCCGAUGCCGCCUCGGUUUUGGCCGAAGAGACGGACAUCGACGUGGUCGGAGAAGGAGACGAGGACGAGGAGGACGAAGAAGACGAGGACGAGGAAGAAGAGGCGGACGGCGAGCCUCUCCCCCGGCGGCCUUACGAGGAGGAAGAGGAAGAGGAGGAGGAGGAGGAAGGCUGCGAGGAGGAGCUGUGCCUGCCCCGGGCGCGGACAACCGGGGGCUCCUCUUCCUCCUCCUCGCCUUCCUCCUCCUCUUCCUCGGCGUCUCCGCAGCAGGGCUCCCUGCGCUGCUCGUCCUCGGGCGUCGUCGCGGGGCCGGGCUCGUGCUCCCCUCCCGGGCCGGGGUCUGCUCCGGCGGGGAAGCACAGCCUGGUGAAGCCCCCUUACUCCUACAUCGCGCUGAUCACCAUGGCCAUCCUGCAGAGCGCCAAGAAGCGCCUGACGCUGAGCGAGAUCUGCGAGUUCAUCAGCGGGCGCUUCCCUUACUACCGGGAGAAGUUCCCGGCCUGGCAGAACUCCAUCCGGCACAACCUCUCGCUCAACGACUGCUUCGUCAAGAUCCCCCGCGAGCCGGGCAACCCGGGCAAGGGCAACUACUGGACGCUGGACCCGGAGUCGGCAGACAUGUUCGACAACGGCUCCUUCCUCCGGCGCAGGAAGCGCUUCAAGAGGCAGCAACAGCAGCAGCAACAAGGGGUGCCCUCCGUGGGGCCCGCGGGGCCCGAGCUCCUCCUCCUCCGCGGGAUGGAGCCCGCCGCUUUCCUCCAACACCAGCCGCCCCCUCCGCCUCCCCCUCCGCCACCCCCCUUCGCCUACGGGCCCUACAGCUGCGGGUACGGCCUCCAGCUCCAGCCCUACGCCCCGCACUCGGCCCUCUUCGCCUUCCAGGCCCCGGCAGCAAGGCGGCAGAACCACCACCACCACCAGCAGCAACAGCAGCAGCAACCACAGCCCCCUCCUCCGCCUCCGCUGCUCCCGGCCCCGGAGCUGCCCUCCAGGACGAGCCCGGCCUUCGCCUUCCCGGCCCAGCUCAGCCCGGCCUCCCUGCAGGCCGCCGCCAAAGCCGUGCCCAGGUCGCCCUUCUCCAUCGAGAGCCUCAUCGGGGGAGGACUCAGCCCCGCGGCGCCGGCGGGGGAGGGGGGCGCCCCGCAAUCCUCCCUGGCGCGCCCCUUGGCACCCCCGGCCCUCGCUUCCUUGGGGAGCCUCCACCAAGGGGCCGCCUUAGCCAGCGCCCAGGACUUCGCCGCCAGGAUUCCCAACUGCUAGAACUGCUCCUGGGCCCUCUCUCUCGCUCGGAGCUCUUCCUGCAGUUAGCCAGCCCCUUUGGCUUUGACUAGACGCCGAAAUAUGUGCCGGUUUGGUUGGAACCUCUGUUUAUGCAAAGCCAUUUCUUACACAGGACAGAGAAGGGUUCCUCCAUCCCUUCCCUAGGAUGGCCCUGUGGCUUUGGGUGGCACCAGAAGAGACUUUGACUAGACGCCGAAAUAUGUGCCGGUUUGAUUGGCACCUCUGUUUAUGCAAAGCCAUUUCUAACACAGGACAGAGAAGGGUUCCUCCAUCCCUUCCCUAGGCACCCUCUGCCUAGAGAUGGCCAAGGUUGGCACCGCAAGAGAAUUUGACUAGACGCCUCAAUGUUUGGUACCUCUGUUUAUGCAAAGCCAUUUCUAACACAGAGGGACGAAGGGCAGAGAAGGGUCCAUCCACCCCUUCCCUGGGGACCCUCCCCUCCGCCAAGGGAUGGCCCUGAACAGUGUCGAAAACUUCGCCGAGAGAAUUUCCCAUUGCCAAACUGUCCGGACUCCAAGGUAGGAUUGGUCUCUCUCUGUGUGUGUUUGAUAUUCUGAUCUCGUCCAGCAGUUAACCAUCUACUUGGGUUUUGGAUGGAAGGAGAGAUGGAAUGAGAGGAGAGACUUUGACUAGACGCCUCAGUGUGUGCUUUCUCCAGGCUCCCCAGCCUUCGAUCCCUCUAUUUAUGCCAAGAAGGAGUUCUUCCUUCCUUCCUUGAAGGACAGCAGAGAAGUGGCCCUUCAUUCCUUCCUCAACAAAAGACAAACAUGGUCCUUCUUUUGGUCCCCAACACUUUCCCCAUCAAGAGACAACAUGGAACACUUGCCCACGAGGAUUUCCAGUUGUUCAACCUGUGUCCGGCCCUCCAGGUAGGAUUGGUCUCUCUGUUUUGCUUUCUCUCUGAGAGUUUCCCUCGGGUGGAACGAGCAGAGACUUGGACUAGGAGCCUGCAUUCGUCCCGGUUUCAGUAGCUGUGUUUACAUGAAGCCAUUUGUAACAUCAAGAGAGACGAAGGCAGAGGAGUGGCCCUUCCUCCAUUCCUUCCCAGAAAAAAGCAAAGGGACACCGCCUGUUUUGAUAUUUUUGGACCCCUCUCCUCCCCAUUUUGUUCCCAUUGCAAAGAUCCCAGGGAUUAAAAUAACUGCAAACUGUAGCAAAA